AUGGCAAAUCGCCGUGUUCGAUUAACGAGACACAAGGCGGCGACGGCCAAUGGUGCCGCUGGACGAAUGGCAUAUUUGAGAUGGAUCCUAUUCCUUGCAACUUUAGGUGCGAUUAUGGUCUUCCAAACAACGACCUCAAGGAUCAAUUUCCAAAGUUGGACCGAAGCGGCGACAGUCCUUCCGGACAGUAGUAUUUUGUUAGGAGGAGCAUCAUCAUCAUCAUCAUCAUCAUCAUCAUCCACCACAGCAGUAGAUUCUUCUCAGCAGCAACAGGGUCAGCACCGAAGUCUUCUUCGAGGGACGGAUUCACAGCAAGAACAACAAAAUGAUUCACAUUCCAACAGCCACCACAUGGCCUUCAAAUCACCGGAUGCGUCACAUCGGAUUGCUCAUUUCCGUGAUACAGCAUUGAAAUUUGAACCAAUAACCGACAAGAUUGGUGUCCAUAGUGAACAUCGGUACCAUAAUAUGUAUGGACAAUACUUAUUGCCAUAUGUUGCAACAAAGCCCAGGAUGAAAUUUCUAGAGAUUGGAUUGGGGUGUAACAUGGAAUACGGAGCUGGUGCUUCCGUCAAAGUUUGGAAGGAUUUAUUCCCAGAGGCUGACUUGUGGGAGGCCGAGUACGAUGGUGAGUGCGUGCAAAAGGCCAAAGCGAAAGGACAGCUUGACGGGUUACACCCUUUAGUCGGUGAUCAGGCAGAUGAGGGGGUGUUGAAUCAAUGGAUACAAGAAAGUGGGGGCAAAUUCGAUAUCAUCAUUGACGACGGGGGCCAUUCGAAUUGCCAAAUGUCCAAUUCAUUUGAUAAGUUGUGGCCGGAACUGUUACCGGGAGGGUUGUAUUUCAUCGAAGAUUUGCAUGUUAGUAGGGCUCGUCCACGCUGCAAUGACGCUCUCAUGACGGAACGAAUCUUGGAGUGGAAUGAACAACUCAUGUACCUUACCAAUUCCUUGGGAUUCAAAUGGAAGCACAAACUACCUUCAGACGUUCUUUUCGUCUCUUGUCAGGCCGAAGCUUGUGUGAUCGCAAAGAAGAAGAGCGAAGCAAUCAACGAUCCUUACAAACCUCACAAACGCGAUGUUUAAGUUCAAUGGAGAAGUAUAAGAAGGGUACGAGCGUUCCGAAUUGCCAAAACUUGUAUAGUAAGGGAAUACGAUGCCCUGUAACAUGGUCUUCCAGAAUAGUUUCUUCAAAGAAGAGCUCAUUUUAUCAAUCCAAA